UGGACUCAAAGACAAACCGAAGCCAGACUUAGAAGCGUUAGACACUCAUCCGCUCAAGAUCUCACCUACCACCAAGUGUCAACAGUUCUUCUCCACCAACUACCUUCAUUCUUCCUUCCCUCUUCUUUCUUUCUUCCUUUACUUUUUAGCACAGAAAAGAAAAGCUGUUGAAACUAACCAAGGUCUCAGCAGAAAUGUCAUCCUCCUCCUCCACUAAAGAAGCCAAUGUCAUCACCUGCAAAGCAAUGGUGGCAUGGGAAGCUGGAAAGGAACUGGUGAUGGAGGAAGUGCAAGUGAGCCCACCUCAGCCUCAUGAAAUCAGGGUCAAAGUUGUUUGUACCUCUCUUUGCCGCACUGACAUUACUGCAUGGGAAUCUCAGGCUAUAUUUCCUCGGAUAUUUGGUCAUGAAGCAUCAGGGAUUGUUGAGAGUGUGGGCGAGGGAGUGACUGAAUUUGUGGAGGGGGACCAUGUGCUUACAGUAUUCAUUGGAGAAUGCAAGACAUGCAAGCACUGUGCAUCUGGUAAGAGUAACAUGUGCCAAGUCUUGGGUUUGGAAAGAAGAGGUGUAAUGCACAGUGAUGAGAGGACACGCUUCUCAGUUAAAGGGAAACCUGUUUAUCAUUAUUGUGCGGUUUCAAGUUUCAGUGAAUAUACAGUUGUGCACUCUGGAUGCGCUGUCAAAGUUAGCCCACGUGCACCUCUGGAGAAAAUAUGCCUACUGAGUUGUGGAGUAGCUGCAGGUCUUGGUGCAGCUUGGAAUGUUGCUGAUAUAUCUAAAGGAUCAACUGUGGUGAUUUUUGGUCUUGGAACUGUGGGCCUUGCUGUUGCACAAGGUGCCAAACUUAGGGGAGCAUCUCAAAUAAUUGGUGUGGAGACUAAUCCUGAAAAGUAUGAAAGAGCAAAGGCUUUUGGAGUCACAGAAUUUUUGAACCCCAAGGACUAUAAAGAACCUGUUCAGCAGGUUAUUAAGCACAUAUCUGGUGGAGGGACAGAUUACUCUUUUGAAUGCAUAGGUGAUACUGGAAUGGUAGCUACCGCAUUGCAAUCAUGCUGCGAUGGAUGGGGUUUGACAGUUACUCUUGGUGUACCAAAAAUGAAGCCUGAAAUAGCAGCUCACUAUUCAGCAUUUCUUUCAGGAAGAACAUUGAAAGGAUCUCUAUUUGGAGGAUGGAAACCUAAAUCUGAUCUUCCAUCAUUAGUAGAGAAGUACAUGAACGAGGAAAUCCAGGUGGAUGAGUUCAUCACACAUAAUCUGGCAUUUGAGGAUAUCAACAAAGCAUUCAGUUUGAUGAGAGAAGGAAAAUGUUUGCGAUGUGUUAUUCACAUGCCAAAGUAGCUUCCAUAUAUGGCUGGGGUUGUCAAGUGUGCACAAAUAAAUGUGGAAGCAAACAUGAUCUAUUCUGUGUUUGAUGCUGAUUUACUUGGGUAUUUAUUGUGAAGAGAGAGAUUUGCUUAUCUUAAUUAUCCGUUUAUUUUUUCCCAAACUAAGGUUGUUUGCAAUCUUAUUUUCCAAACUAGAGUUCAUUUAAACUUUAUUUCUAAACACAUGUAAUUUGAAACAAUUAAAUUUCAUAUCAACAUUUUAUUUAUAUAUCCUGAUUGAGCUUGGAAUAGCUCAGUUGUAAGUCUUGACUGAAGCUUUUAAUUCCAUCGUACUAGUGAAAAUUUCCUUGAAGUCCUUGGCAA